AUGAGAUACCAAAACUGGUUGAUUGCAGCGACAUAUCUUGUCGCUAUCGAUGUUGGAUGGGCGAACAACUGUUCCAUCCCCGAAGAUGGGUAUUUUGUCAUAGACUCGCAAGCGAAAGCCAACGAGCUCAGCAAUUGCAAGACCUACUUUGGCCGGGUCCACAUCGAUACCGCACGGAGCGAGUUUGACCCCAACCUUAGCAUCACACUUCAGGGAGUAGAGAAGAUUGACGGGACUCUUGUGGUUGCGGAUAUAUCUUCUUUCUCUGCCCCUGACCUGAGAGAAGUCAAUGGGUUCCUCUACAUUAGGGGGAAAAUGAAUCCUGCAGCUGCCUUGAAUCUAUCACUCCCAGCCCUGGAGACUGUCAGCAGUGAUGUUCAGAUUUACACAAGGGCAACAGAAUCGCUUUCUUUCCCAAGCCUCAUUCGUAUUGGGGGGCUUGAGGUCGAUCACGCCUAUCGUCUGAGAAGAUUGUCGUGGGGACCCACAGGAUUCCCCAUCAUUAUGAAUAGAGACGGGAAGGUACUUAUUCAAGAGUCCGGAAUCGAGAGCGUAGAUUGGCUCUUUAGCAACAAAAGAGCAAGCUUGGGUUCCGUGGAGAUUAAAAGCUCAGGGGUUUCUAAUAUCACCAUCGUGUGCAAAAGCAUCGACAACUUGUCCAUUGCUGGGGUGGACAUCAACGUCACGUUCGACAUGUUCAGUGCUGCUUAUCCAGGCAGCAACAUUGGUAAACUCAGCCUCUCCGGUAUGCGUCAAAUAAAUUAUGUCGCAGCUCCCGAUACUGUUGCCGACCUAAUUGUCACGGAAAGUUCUUUUACUCAACUACAUAUACCAUUUUCGGUGACCAAUUCUCUCACGAUAAGCAACAAUCGAGAGCUCACUAAUUUAUAUUACAUUGGGAAUGAAGGAAGCUACUGGGAUACAUUUGGUACCCCCCAAACCCGGAGCAUCACUUUAGAAAAUAACCCGGCAUUGUCUUACAAUUUCUUUACAAACAUGGGAGAAACCAACACCAGCACCGGAGCCUGGAGGUGGCCGCAGGCGGCGAUGGACACGCUCGUGUUUAAGGGAUCGAAUUUUUCAUCUUACUUUUUCUCGGGCUUAUUGCAGAGCAAGUGGCCGGUGAUGAGGUUCGAAGUCUCUUCCGACAACUCAGACUUCUCCUGUGAAGAUAUGGACAAGUUACGCAAGAACAAAGAUGACGGAAAAUUUCCGGGACAAUACAGGUGUCAAAGACGGGAUCCUCGGUAUGGAAGCGCAGUUCACCUUGAAUUAAGCCGGUGGAACAUAUACGGCGUCGCUUCCGCCGUUGUAGCAUUAACGGCUAUGUUGUGA